UCUUCAUCUGCGGCGGCAGCUAAGAACGAACACAAUGCCAUCAAAAGACAUCAUCGCAAGCGAAAACGAAAAUCGCUUUCCAUCCGGUUAUUGCUCUAUGCCGUUUGCCUGCUGUGCCUGAGGCCAUUCCAGCAUGCAAUUGGGGUGGUGGGUGCAGUAGGCCCCUCAUCAUCUGCAUCGACAUCAGCUUUGUCGAAGAGCUCAAACUCAAACUCGAAUACAACAAAUACUCAACAAACACAACAGUAUUCUCAUGCGGACAUUGUGGCGCAGUUCACAUUGCCCCAAGCAACAACGAAUAAUUUUCAUUCAAUGACCCAGUCUCCAACGGCUGCCACCAACUUUAAGAAUGGCACACUGGCCUCAACUCCGGCCACGAAGGGCGCCUCGAAGAAUUAUUUCACCCAUUUGGCGUACGAUUACAAGCAGAAUGUUUUCUAUGCCGGAGCCACAAAUAAAAUUCUCCAACUCAAUGAAAAUCUGAGGGUUCUUAAGCAGGCCGUUACCGGCCCUCAGCGUGACUCUCCCCAGUGCCACGCCAGUGGUUGUUCAGAAGACGUAGAGACGUCAUUGGUGAAUAAUCAUAACAAAAUACUUAUUGUCAGUUACGCCCAAGGCGAUAUAUUGAUUGCCUGCGGCAGUGUAAGACAAGGAGCCUGUGAUAUUUACAAUUUAAAUCAUUUCCCCAACAAUCCACGAUUCAUCGAUAUUCCCCUGGCAGCUAAUGAUGAAUUUGCCUCCACCUACGCCUUUAUAGGUCCGGCAAAAUACACCUGGAAGACGGAGGACAUUCUAUAUGUGGGCACCACAUUCACCAAUGUCGGUGACUAUCGGCACGAUGUGCCAGCGAUUUCGUCGCGACGACUGGCCGACUUGAACUACGCCGAAUUCGAGAUUAAACAAUCGAUCAUCAACAUUGAAGUCAAGUAUCGGGAUCACUUUUUGGUCAAUUAUAUUUAUGGGUUUAACUCAUCGGAGUAUGCCUAUUUUGCCAUUGUACAGAAACGUUCACAUUUGGCGGAGGAGGCUGGCUAUGUGACGCGUUUGGCACGUAUUUGUAUAUCAGACUCCAAUUAUGACAGUUACACAGAAAUAACCAUCCAAUGUCUGGCCACACAGGACAAUGAGGAUUACAAUAUUCUGAGGGAUGCCAAGAUUACGGAGGCUGGCCAAAAGUUAGCCCAGCAAAUGGGUAUAAAACGUGGAGACCACGUCUUGGUAGCUGCGUUUUCACCCUCGAAAGACAUUACCAAUCAGCCAGAUGACCGAUCGGCACUAUGCAUUUAUAGUUUGAAAGAAAUAGAAGAAGCAUUUAAUGAGAAUAUCCAUCUCUGCUUUAAUGGUACCGUUAAAGACAGAAAUUUGGGAUAUAUAUCGGGUACCAUAGAUGAUGGUCGUUGCCCCCGAACCUCAGGCAAUGUCUACAGCUUUUGUAAUGUUGGCUUGAAGAUCAGUGGAGUGGCACCUAUAGCGGCUCAUGCCUUAUUUCAUUUCGACAAUGUCUCAGUAACGUCUGUGUCGACAACCACAACAGGUCCCCACUCGCUAGCCUUUUUGGGAACGGAAGAAGGUUCAAUAAAGAAGGUCCUGCUUUCCGGAAAUAACCCAGGAGAAUAUGACGAAAUUAUGGUGGAUCCUGGCAAUAGUAUCUUACAAGAUACCAUAUUUUCACCCAACAAGGAUUUCAUUUAUGUCCUCUCGAAAAACAAGGUGACGAAAAUGCGCAUGGAACACUGUUCACAGUAUACGAAUUGUACAUCUUGUUUGGAGUCCAGAGAUCCAUUUUGUGGUUGGUGUUCUUUGGAGAAGCAUUGCACGGUUCGUUCUACAUGCCAAAAGGAUACUUCCGCAGAACGUUGGCUCUCUUUGGGUAGUGGCCAACAGUGUAUUGACUUUGAGUCAAUUUUACCCGAUAGAAUACCCAUAACAGAGGUAAUACAGGUGGAGUUGGUGAUACGCACACUACCAGAACACUACAGUGGAAAAUACCGAUGUGUUUUUGGAAAUUCUACUCCCAUUGAUGCUGAGCUCUUGGAAAAUGGUCUGGCUUGCAUGACGCCACCACCCGAAGAACGUCCGGUGAUACCACCAAAUAUGGACCACGUAUCGGUGCCAUUAUCUGUGCGGAGCUCAGAGACAAAUAAGGAUUUCGUGUCCAGAUCGUUCACCUUUUUUGACUGUUCGCGUCACAACACUUGCCAGACAUGUGUGCACAGUCCAUGGGAUUGCAAUUGGUGUAUUUAUGACAACAAGUGUAUGCACAAAAUGCAAAAAUGUCGCAAUCUGGAGAAGGUAAUAACCAGGGAGAAUGAAUGCCCUCACAUGCGUCGUCUCCGAGAGCCCAUUCUGUUGCCGGUAAAAGUGCCCAAGGAAAUACGUUUUGAAAUCGAAAACUUGCCCAAGCCGAAAAACGCAGCCUAUGGCUUUCUGUGUACAGUACAAAUAGAGGCUGCCCAAAUGAUGUUACCGGCACGAAUUGAAUCCAAUCGCGUAGUGGUGUGCGAAAAGACGCCGUAUUUCUAUGAGGCUAACACAAUCGAAUAUCAAGCUCGAGUUGAUAUCACCUGGAAUAGACAACACUAUAUAGAUACUGCGUAUAUAACGCUCUACAAAUGUGAUGUAUUGGGUUCUCAUCGGGAACAUGCCGACUGCAGCCUGUGUGUGACCAGAGAUCCGAAAUAUCAGUGUACCUGGUGUGGCAAUACCUGCGCCUACAAUGAGACCUGCCCCAUAUCCUCGUUAGAUCAUGAUUCAAGUUCAUCUGCCACGUCUACCCUAUCGUCCUUACUGACCUCACCCCAUGGCUUGGGCUAUCACAAAUUCACGGAUUGUCCAAAACCGAGGAUCGAUAUGAUCAAGCCUUUAUUUGGACCCAUUGAAGGCGGUACUCUAAUUACGAUAGAAGGCAGUAAUUUGGGUAUACGCGAAGAAGAUGUUAGAGGUAAAAUCUCUAUAGGCUCUGUUCCCUGUGAAUUGGUAAACUACGAAAUCUCCGUUAAGAUUGAGUGCCGGACUGGUGCGGUUAGCCAUGAAUUAACGGCCCCCGUAAAGGUGUUCAACGAAGCAGGAUUCACCGAAUCUAGUGUGCAGUUCCAAUUUAAGGAUAUACAGUUGACAGGUUUGACACCGACAAGAGGGCCUAAAUCCGGAGGCACGCAAAUCUCGCUAAUUGGAAAAUAUCUUAAUAUUGGCUCGAAUAUAAAGGCUUACUUGGAUGAGUAUGAAUGUCAUAUAAACAUAACACAGGUCUCUUCGUCGCGUUUGACUUGUAUUACCUCUGAAGCUACCCAGCCCGAACCCAUACGCAUGUUACGUCUCAUCGUAGAUGGGGCUAAUCGAACCUAUACUUGCCAAAAUCCACCUCACCAUCAACAACAACCACAAAGACAACCAUUUAGUUCAGUAUACGAUUCAUUCCACAACAACUACAAUUAUUUAUUACCCUCGUUGACCAGACCCUGUUCCAUAUUUAAUUAUACCCAAGAUCCAACCAUCAUGGAGAUAAAGCCGUUGGUUAGUUUUGCCAGUGGUGGACGUCUUCUCACCGUCCAUGGCAUGUAUUUAGACUCAAUACAAAAACCUGAACUGGAGGUUUAUUACGAAAAUGAACGGCUGAAUAAAACAUCCUGUGUGGUAAUAAACUCAAGUCAAAUGGAAUGUCCCUCUCCGACUGUAUCGAAACAAUUUCUUGAUUACAAAGUUAUGCUGGACCAACAAAGAGAUCAGGAUUACAACCAGGCUCCAGCAGCUGCAUCGUCCACAUCGACAGGUUACCAUCUGAUAAGGAAACGAAACAACUACCCGUUUGGCAGCGACACUUCAGAUAUUUAUAGCACUAUAAGCACCAACAGUCGUUACCACGAAAGUAACCUGUAUCAGGCACAGGAUGUGGCAGCUUUUGUGAAAAUAAGGGAGACACAACUGAACCUGCAGUUGGGCUUCAACAUGGACAAUGUACAGUGUGUUCGUGACCUGAGUAAAUAUUUCCCCAGUUUACGUAGCACCAUUGUGUACUUCCAAGAUCCCAAAUACCACCCAUUCCCUGAUAAUUUGAAACUCUAUAAAGGCGACACGUUGGUGAUCGAAGGAGAAUUGCUGAAUAUAGCAGCUGAUGAAUCAGAUGUAAAUGUGACCAUUGGCACUGCACAAUGCAACAUUACCAGCCUGACAAUGACCCAGCUGUUGUGUACCCCACCAGAGAAACAACCUGCAGGUACCGAUGAGAACAAUGUGGCGCAAUCGAAUGAUUUGCCUCUGGUGGUGGUAACAGUCGGUCGGAAUCUUCGCUUUGUCAUCGGCCACAUAAAAUACGACAUACUUAAGCCUUUCACCUUUUCACAUGCCAUGUGGGUGAUCAUCUUUACCAUUCUAAUUGUACUUAUUUUGCUGAUAGCAGCCUUCUUUAUAUACCGUCGUAAAUCCACUCAGGCUGAGCGAGAAUACAAACGCAUACAAAUACAAAUGAUAACACUCGAGAGCAAUGUCCGCUCCGAGUGCAAACAGGCAUUUGCCGAAUUGCAAACUGAUAUGAGCGACCUCACUGCCGAUCUGGAGACCACCGGUAUACCCACUCUGGAUCAUGUCAAUUACAUUAUGAAGGUCUUCUUCCCCGGUGUCACCGAUCACCCCAUACUCAAUUCACCGAAAAUGCGAAUGAAUAACUUCCAUACAAACUACGACACUGCCAUGCUGCAAUUCGAACAACUGAUUAGCAACAAGUAUUUCGUACUGACCUUCAUUGAAACUCUGGAAGCCCAAAAGUCAUUUAACAUACGCGACAAGGUGAACGUGGCCUCGCUACUGAUGAUAGUGCUGAUGAACAAAAUGGAAUACGCCACGGAAAUUCUGAAAUGUCUUCUGCUGCGUUUGGUCGAUAAGUCGGUGUGCAACAAAUAUCCGCAACUGAUGUUGCGUCGCACUGAGAGUGUUGUGGAGAAAAUGCUAACCAACUUCAUGGCUAUUUGCAUGUAUGACUAUUUGAAGGAAUAUGCCGGAUCGAGUCUUUUCCUGCUCUUCAAGGCCAUAAAACAUCAAAUCGAGAAGGGAUUGGUGGAUGCCAUUACCCAUGAUGCGCGUUAUUCAUUGUCCAAGGAGAAGUUGCUGCACGAACAAAUACCGCACAAUGUGGUGGUGCUGAAUAUCAUUCAGGAUGACUUGGAUGAGAAGGUCCAGUGCAAAGUACUCGAUUGGGAUACAAUAACACAGGUGAAGUCCAAAAUUCUGGAUGCCCUCUUCAAGAAUACGCCAUUUUCGAUGAGACCCUCAGUGCAUGAAGUAGAUUUGGAAUGGCGCCAUGGUCGCGAUGGUCACCUUAUUCUGCAGGAUGAGGACUUGACAACGAAAACCAUAAAUGGCUGGAAGCGACUUAACACCCUGGCACACUAUGGGGUCAAAGAAUCGGCAGUGAUGAGUUUAGUGGCUCGGCAAAAUGACUGCAACAACAUGGGCUACGGCAAGCAAUACCAACCGCCCUACAACAAUUUCUACUUCAUCAACAAUUCACAAUCUCACAUUAUCAUGAAUAAUGACAUAGAGUCCGGUCUGCAACAGCCGCGCGUCUAUCACUUGGUUAAGCCAAUGCUACCCGAUCAUUAUAUGAACAUAAAAAAUUCAGCCAUUUCGGGCGGCAAUGGUGCGGCCAAUGGGGAGCCCAUACACAAGACAAUACCCGAGGUAUAUUUGACCCGCCUAUUGGCAGCUAAGGGCACAGUACAAAAGUUUGUUGAUGAUUUCUUUGCCACAAUUCUAACGGUUAACGAAGAAUUGCCACCAGCAGUUAAAUGGCUCUUCGAUUUACUCGAUGAAGCCGCUCGCCGCCACGACAUCUACGAUCCGGACAUUGUGCAUGCCUGGAAGUCAAACAGUCUGCCGCUACGGUUCUGGGUGAAUUUUAUCAAAAAUCCCGAUUUCAUUUUCGAUGUAAAUAAAACCGUGACCGUGGACGCCAGUCUCAGUGGCAUUGCCCAGGCCUUUAUGGAUGCCUGCUCCACAACGGAACAUCGUUUGGGCAAAGAUUCGCCCUCCAACAAAUUAUUAUUUGCUAAGGAUAUACCACAAUAUCGGAAAAUGGUCAAACAGUUUUACAGCGAUGUGGCUCGCCUGCCACAAAUCAGCGACAUGGAAAUGAGUGCAGCCAUGCAUCAUCUGUCGAUACAACAGAACGAUGAAUUCGAUACCAUAGCGGCGCUCAAGGAACUGUACAUAUACGUUACCAAAUAUAAUGAACAGAUAACGGAUGCCUUAGAAAAUGAUAUUAAUUGUAAGAAAAUGUAUCUGGCCCACAAAUUGAAGAAUGUUGCAUUUACCCUGGAUGGUGAUGAGACAUCAGCUUGCUGACACUCAUUGGAGGAUACAGACUUGAUAUUAAAUAAAUUAUGGAAUGUGAUGUGACUUUCCAAAAUCCCAAGCGUUUGAUGUUCAAUGUAUGCGGGUG